CGUUGCGUUUUCUCUCUGUCUUUCGUACAGUGGAAUGAAGUUGGUAAAUUAAUUCCCGAUAAAAUCGCCUUUUUUAUUAUAAAAUAAUUGAAUUUAAUUCAUUAUUCGAAUUAAUAGUGUUCUUGAACAACGCCUUGAUCACCUCAUCCAUCCAAAAUGUCGUCGAAAGUUUCUCGUGAUACGCUGUACGAAUGCUCCAGUGCUGUGUUAAUGCACUCCAAAACGCACAAAAAGAGAUUCCUCGAAACAGUCGAAUUGCAGAUUGGUUUGAAGAACUACGACCCCCAAAAAGACAAACGUUUCAGCGGAACCGUAAAAUUGAAGAAUAUCCCUCGUCCUAAGAUGAAAGUUUGCGUUUUGGGAGAUCAGCAGCAUUGUGACGAAGCUAAAGCUAACAAUGUCCCAUUCAUGGAUGUCGAAGCUUUGAAGAAAUUAAACAAGAAUAAGAAAUUGGUCAAAAAAUUAGCUAAGAAAUACGACGCGUUUUUGGCUAGUGACGCUUUGAUUAAACAAAUCCCUCGUUUACUCGGACCCGGUUUGAAUAAAGCUGGUAAAUUUCCUGGUUUAUUAUCUCACCAAGAAUCGAUGUUGAUGAAAAUCGACGAAGUCAAGGCUACGAUUAAAUUCCAAAUGAAAAAGGUGUUGUGUCUUUCUGUUGCUAUCGGACACGUCGGUAUGAGCCAAGAUGAAUUGGUGCAGAAUGUUCACUUGUCUAUCAAUUUCUUAGUUUCGCUGCUGAAAAAGCACUGGCAAAACGUACGAUCGUUGCAUAUUAAAUCUACGAUGGGACCACCCCAAAGAUUGUACUAAUUUUGAUUGAUUGUUAUAACGAAUAAAGGAUUUUUAUCGAG